CCAUCUGCUGCUGCGCGCUUCAGAGGUGCUGCUGCUGCUGCUGCUGCUGCUGCUGCUCUGUGCCGCGCAUCUCCGCACGGAGCUGCCGGAGGAAAACUAGAGAAAAGGAGGCAUUCUGGUAGAUUUCAUCCCAGUACCGUGUGAAGACUUUUAUUUCUCUGGAAGUGUUGGGUUUUACUCCUGGACCAGAGCGCCAGCGAAACGCCGUUGUAAAAGGGACUUAUUUCGGAGUUUGUUGUUCGUGCGCUUUUGCUUCAUCAGCUGUUUAAUGGAUGCCGAUGGAUUAGUUUAGAGAACUGGUGAAGACGGGGGGCGGUGGGAGGGGGGUUUGCGUGUUUUGAAAGAAACUUGCAGUUCACAAGCUGCUGAGUGCAAAGGAGCUUCAGCACUGCGGAACGGCGGCUGCUGGAGAAGUGGAGCGGGAUUUUCUGACCGUUUUUUUUUUUUUUCUUGGAUCUUAUUGGGCUUUAUUGUGGAGAUUUUCCAACUCAUCCGACGCAGCUUCCUAUUGUUUCCCAUCACCUUCAGCGCGGGGACGAUGUUGAUGAAGGAGUACCGCAUCUGCAUGCCUCUGACAGUGGAGGAGUACCGCAUCGGCCAGCUGUACAUGAUCAGCAAGCACAGCCAUGAACAGAGUGAACGUGGAGAAGGUGUGGAAGUGGUGCAGAACGAGCCCUACGAGGAUCCAGAGCAUGGAUCAGGCCAGUUUACAGAAAAACGGAUCUACCUCAAUAACAAGCUGCCCAGCUGGGCCAGGGCAGUGGUUCCUAAAAUUUUCUAUGUCACAGAGAAGGCCUGGAACUACUACCCAUACACCAUCACGGAGUACACAUGCUCCUUCCUGCCCAAGUUUUCCAUCCACAUUGAGAGCAAAUAUGAGGAUAACAAAGGAAACAAUGACAAUAUCUUUGGAAGUGAGCCCAGAGAGGAGGAAACAGAAGUGUGUUUUGUGGACAUUGCCUACGAUGAGAUCCCUGAGCGCCACUACAAAGAAUCAGAGUUUGCUUUGGGCCUGGAUUUGGGUGGACGUUGUCACACAGUUUGUGUUAAUUUCUCUAUUCCAUCAGACAUGACCAUGGAGGAGGUGAGGGAGUAUGAGCGAGCCACGCAGGAAGCUACUAAUCUGAAAAUCGGGACCUUUCCUCCAGCCAUCUCCAUCUCAGAGACCCCUCUGGCGUCCAGCGCCCGCAGCGGCCCCAACAGCGCCCCGUCCACUCCCCUUUCCACCGAAGCUCCGGACUUCCUGUCUGUGCCCAAGGAGCGACCCAGAAAAAAGUCCGCUCCAGAGACCUUGACCCUGCCCGAUCCAGGCCGCAGGGAUUCACUCUUCAAGCUGCCAAGYUUUUUCUCCUGGAACUCCAGUCCACAACCCGAAUGAGAACCGAGCCUUGCUCUCGACCCGCGGAUCAGUAGAGGAUGCUUGCUUUGCACAUCCAAUAUUGCUCCCCCCCUCUUGCUCCUGGCCAGUUUAAGUGACAGAAGCUUUUCACAGUUCUGGUCAUCCUUGACCCCCUCAGUAGUGUUCCUGGUGUUACAGCAAAGUCAGCAGCUCCCAGACUGCCUUUACAGGUAGACAGUCUGCCCCCUCCCAAAGCCUCUGAGGUGCAAAAGCAGAGUUUGUUCAGCAAAGAACACGACAAAGAAUCUCAGUCAUUUCUUGGUUUUAGCAGAACAUCCGUCCCAGACAGYCAGACUCACGGUGUCUCGAUUUACAGUUUUAUUCAGCACAAAAUUAGAUKAUUUGCUUUUUCACCUUCAAACAUCUGGGUCUUUGUUAGCCGGAGGUYGUUGUUCAUUCUUUGUAUUUACGUAGGGAAAGAGGUUUCGACGGAUUGAGUUGCAUAAUGUGACAGUUAAAUAUAGUUUUACACUCAAGUGUAUAGUGAUCGGGUUAUCGUGUAUAUAUGACAUGAACAUGAUUUAAUCAACACAAUGUCCGCACUUAAGAAAAGAUUUAAACUCCAGUAAUGAAGCUGCUAUUAUUUCUGUUGUGUACAUUACAGGCCGUUUUAUCUGUAUGCGUUUAUAUUAUCUUUGCCAUAUUUUUGUCUCCUGGUGGUAUAACUUGACAUUAAGCUGCUUUUAAAAUAUUUGUCAAUUGAUCGUUAUGUCUUUUUGCUGUCAUACUUGACGUGUUUUACCCAAGGUUUUAUCGAGUGAUCAUGUGGUGUUCAGCUGCUAUAUUCCUUUUGUUCAUUUUCAAGUAAAGUUUUGUAUGCGRUAAAUCAAAUUAAAUCACAUCUGAAGCUA